GAUCUGGGAGAUAGUGAAGCCUUCGGACCAAAAUACAUAGAGGAGAGAACUCAGCAGAUGCAUAAGAUUCUAUCUGGUCAUAGGAGGGAUGAGUCUUUGCUAUCUUCUGUUUACUCAAAUAGCUUUGGUGGAGAUGGGAGUUCAUUCAAUCUGUUCGAAACUGACUACAUUGAGGAAGAUGGUGGUGGCUUUAGCGACUCUGAUGUAGCUGCUCCAACGUCACGCCAUUCUUGGGAUAGAUUCAACAGUCCUUGCUCAGUGUCAUCUUUCAGCCGGGUGUCACAUUCACCUGAGUCAUCAGUGAUUAGAGAGGCAAAGAAACGGCUUUCAGAAAGGUGGGCUUUAGUGACAUCAUAUGGUACAAGCCAAGAGCAACUGCAUUUACCUAAGAGCUCAAGCACUUUAGGUGAAAUGCUUGCAAUUUCUGAUGUAAAAAGAGAAGAAUGUGUCAAUAGGUAUACAGUCUCAGCCAGCAGAUCAUGUGGAGGAGAUGAUGAAUUGAUGUUACCAGCAUUCUUCUUAUCGGUGGAUGGAAAAAAGAAUUCAGGAGAGCUUUCCCCUGAAAAUUUAUCAAGAUCAAAGUCUGUCCCAGUCUCUUGUUCAGCUUACAAAGACAUUGGCUUGAAAUAUGAAGGUUCCAACACUCAGCUUUGUGAACCCACAGUGUCAGAGGUGUCAAAGACCAAACACGGUAAAUCAUCUUUCAGAGGAAGAUUCUCUAGCUUUUUCUUUUCUAGGAGCAAGGAAACUAGAAAAAGACCUGUUUGUUCUACCAUGGUGAGCUGUGGUGGUGCUGAUGUGGUAGUAAGCAGAACUGAUGAGAUGCUAAAAUCAGUUCAUGGUAGUUCGUCUGCAAACAGUCAAGUAAAAGAUGAGGAACAAUCUGCCAGUACAGCUUCAAUAUCGGUGACAAAUGUUUCCAAAAAACCCAUGCAAUCAGUUGAAAACUCCAGGACAAGUGACAAAUCUAGUGAGGAGGAGAAACUCAGUCCACGUCAAAAUUACAUGAACAACCUGGACCAACCUAGCCCUACUUCAAUUCUGGAUGCACAAUUUGAAGAUGAUGUGAAUGGAAAUCUAUUGCAGACAUCUGAAGCAAAUGCUAGGCAACAACUAAUUUCCAGGGCUUCACCUAUAGAGUCAGUUGCUCGUACUUUGUCAUGGGAUGACACCCAUCUGGAAAUGCGACUCCCCGAGCCCUCAAGUUAUAAAGUAGCUUUGUCCGAGGCAGAUGGUGCUGACCAAGAUCAUUUUGUAUUUGUUCAGAAAUUGCUAUCUUGUGCUGGCUUGGAGAAAUCUGAUAUGAUGUUCACUGGAUGGCACUCUCCUGAUAGCCCAUUGGAUCCAGUGUUACUUGACAAACUCUUGGGUCUGAAAGAAGAUGAAUCUAAGUGCAUGGAGAAAGGUCCAACCCUGAGGCUCCUAUUUGACUGUGUGAACUUGGCCCUUUUAGAAGUCAGUUGGUCUACCUUAAUGAGUGUAUACCCAUGGAACAGGGCGUCCUGUGGGGCACAGGUUAAUAAUGCUUGUGCAAGUUCUGCCUUGUCAGAGGAUGUGUGGGGUCUCGUGAGGGAUUGGUCUUCUGGCAACCGGACGGUGGUGUUUACUGAGAAUGACAUUGGUAGUCUAGUUGUGGAUAGAGUAUUGAGGACUGAGGCGGGAGGAAACAGAUGGGUUGAAUUGAACAGGAUAGUAGAGGAGAUCGCUAAAGAAAUAACUGGUGAUGUAUUGAAGGAUUUGGUUGGAGAGGCUUUUUCAGAUCUUGCUGCUGCAUGUAUCUGCUGAUGCCUUCUUUUCCCUCUCAGCCUCUUCUACUUCACUUCGUUGUUUUUGCCGCAGCGUUCAGAUUUCUACCAUGCCACAGGUGACAGUGUAUAUGUAUUUUCUGAUAUUUGAUGAUUUCUCGGAUCACUUGGAUCUCAUUCGGCUUUCUUUCUUUGUCCAUGUUUGUUCUUCAGUAGCAUGAUAUAGCUUCAACUCUGUUACUUGUGUCAAUCUCUGUACCUUUCAAGUACUGAGCUGGCCACUUGAGAAAAUUGGUAGGUUAACUAUGCAUUUUGGCUGAAGGACAAGGGUGAUAUUUUUCACCCUCUGUAUUUAUUUGCAACCUAUGAUUUUAAAUGCAUUCUUUUAGAGGUAAAA